AUGGAGAACAUCAAGUCCCACGAAACCUCCCUGCGUAACAUCGAUGCCACCCACACCGCCGGCGACGCAGACUUGUUAGCCGAAAUCGGUUACAAGCAGGAGUUGAAAAGAACCUUCUCCACCUUCCAGGUCUUCGGUAUCGCAUACAGUAUCAUGGGAGUCUUGCCCUCCAUCGCUUCGUUGUCAGCGCUAGGCCUCUCUGCCGGGCCAGCAGGCUUCCUCUGGGCGUGGUUCUCCGCCUCCAUCAUGAUCAUCUCGGUCGCCCUAUCUAUGUCGGAGCUCGCUUCUGCCAUCCCAACGUCCGGCGGCUUGUACUACUGGACCUACUACUAUGCUCCUGAACGCUACAGAGUCGUUUUCUCCUACUUCAUCGGCUUCUGUAACGCCAUGGCCUUGUGCUCCGGCUUGGUGUCCAUCUGCUACGGUAAUUCUGAGGAGAUCCUGGCCGCCGUGUACUUAUCUCACGACGGCUCCUUCGAAAUCACCACGGGCAAGACCUACGGUGUUUUUGCCGCCUGUGUCGUCUCCCAGGCUAUCUGCACUUGUCUCUCUUCUAAGAGAAUUGCAUGGCUACAAUCUACCUCCGCCAUCUGCAACACUGGUAUUAUCAUCCUAUUCUUCAUUGCCGUUCCAAUCGGAAAUAGUGUCAAUGGACGUGGUUUCAACGACGGUAAAUUCAUUUUCGGUCAAGUUAACAACUUCUCCGAAUGGCCUAUCGGCUUCCAGUUUGUUCUCUCUUUGUUCACAGCAGUUUGGACCAUUGGUGCCUUUGACUCAUGUGUGCACAUGUCCGAAGAAGCGAAGAAUGCCUCCCACGGAGUCCCCAUCGGUAUCUUAAGUUCGGUCAGUUUUUGCGCCCUGCUUGGUUUCUUCAUCAUCAUUUGCAUCAACGCUUGUGUUAACCCCAAUAUUGAGGAUGUCAUUUCCUCUAAAACCGGAUUUCCUUUGGCUCAAAUUUUCUACGACUCCUUGGGUAAAAACUGGGCCAUUGCUUUCAUGUCUUUAAUCUCCACCUGCCAAUGGUUGAUGGGCUCCUCUAUUUUGACCGCAUUGUCAAGACAAAUCUGGGCUUUUGCAAGAGAUGACGGUUUGCCAUUUUCCACCUACGUCAAGGUUGUCCAUCCAAAAUUGAAAGUUCCUAUUCGUGCAGUUGUCUUCGCCACUGUCAUUAGUUUGGCAUUGGGCUGCUUGUGUCUUGCAGGUUCUGCUGCCGCAAAUGCCUUGUUCUCCUUGACUGUCUCAGGUAACUACACUGCAUGGUGUACUCCAGUUCUCCUCAGACUAACCUCUGGCAGAGACAGAUUCAAGCCAGGACCUUUCUUCUUGGGCCAUUUCUGGUCAAGGAUUAAUGGUAUGAUCACUUGCUCCUGGGGUUUAUUUGUCAUUGUUGUGUCCAUGAUCCCUGCAAAUAAAUUUGUGAACAAAACAGACAUGAAUUAUACUGUUGUGAUCACAUGUGGUGUCUGGAUCUUAUCGAUGGUCUACUUCUUCGUUUACAAAUACAAGCACUACCACGGUCCAAAAUCCAAUUUGACGCCAGAAGACGAAGUCGCCAUAGAAGCUCAGAUGGGAGCUGAAGCUGAAGCCGAAGCUGAACAAGUUCCAGUUCCAACCAGCGAAAAAAAUUACGAUAAAUACUCUGUUUGA